ACUGGCGCAAACAACACAAACAGCAGCCACGGUCACACCGAGCCAAAGUGGAAGGGAAAUAGAAAAUUUGACUUGACAAAAAGUGCACACAAUGCAAAUAAAAUAGAGUGCGUGCACGCAUUAAAUGCCCAAAUCCGCGAGGCCGUUACGCCGACGUAGCAAUAAUUGUCGCCAAAAGCCAGAGCGCGCGUGUUUGCGAAGUAUAUCGCGGAAAUUGAAGAUUUUUUGGCAGCGGCGAGUAGUCUCCCCCCACCCCGUCCGAAUAACAGCGGCCGAAAGAGCGAGUGUUUUGCGAAGCAGCGAGUGCCUGGCCAAUGUGGUGCAGCUCCCCCGUCGACCGCCGCCACCCGCGCUCCCCCUUCGACCCUAUUAACGCGCAAAAUAUACGCCACUAGUUGUAGUUGUGGGCAGUAGUAGCAGCAGCAGCAGCCGAUCAGCUCGGCCUUUGUGCAGCAGAUUAGUGGCGAAAAAGGCCAACGAAAAGCCCCGGUUAGCUGGGCCGGUAUCCAGGAGCGAACACCAGACAGCCAUCGGCGACUCCGGCUGUGAUGCAGCAGCAGCUGCUGCCAGCUAACGAGAUUCUGGACGCCUUUUGCACCCACCACACGUAACUAGAGCACCCACACACACAAGGGAGCGCACAUACACAAGGGCGCGCGCACACACACAUACACAGCCAACAGGCAAACGGGCACACUAGCGUGUGGCCAUUGAUGCAGUGCAGCCGCUUGCACGGAUUCGGGAUCGGAAGGUGAAAAGGACUGUGCUGAGAUGAUUUGCAAACAGGACGUACUGCUGUGGUUUGAGAAACUCGAGAGCUACAAUCGGAUCGAAACGAUGUACGCCCUGCUCACCGCCUGCCUGCCAUUCGAGCUCCGCUUCUUGGGCACGCUGCUGGAGGAGCAGGGCCGUUGCGACUCGGAGACGCUGCGCGGCAUGGAGUUGCGGGCAAAUAAUCCACAAGAGCUGGCCGCCGAUAUGGUCAACUGCCAGAAGGGCGACCCCACCGACCGGAAGAUCCGACGCAAGAUGGCCCUGUAUCUGGCGCUGAUCCGCGCCUGUAACCGCAACUGUGUCAGUGAGAUCUAUCGGACGCUGGAAUGCUGGGGAGAGUGCGACUUUGGCUGUAUCAACGACCAGGACACACUGUUGGAGCUCCUACUUGUCUACACGAUGGCGGCUAUUCACCCAGUGUUCUCCAUGGAAGAGCAGAAAAAAAUCUUCGGUAUUCUAGCCAAGAUCAAGGAAAAUAAGCUGGUAGCUGAGCGAUUUACGCCGCAGAUGCAGGCGCAGACGCCGACGCCAGCACCCCAGCAUCCACACCCGCCGUCCCCACAUGACCUGAUCCUCCAACAGCAACCGCCACAUGUGAUCCACCAAAUACCAGGGCCACAACAGCCACCACCACACCCACAACAUCCCCAAAUGGUGCAGGUGUUGCAGACGCCGCAGGGCAACAUCCCCAUGAUAUUUCCCCAGCAUUUUUCCAAGCUAAUGCCCGGUUCUGAUGGAACGCACCAGAUCAGUGUCGAAGGCAUGCCGCAUCUGAUGCAGCCAAACAUCACCAUUCCAGGGGACACGAGUGCCAUUAUCGGUCACCAAAGCACGGGGUGGACGAUGCGCCACUACGUGCCACAACCGCCCCACCAACAGCCCGCUCUGCAGCAGCAGCAGCCGCAGAGUCUGGACCAUCAAGUGCCACCGGCUAGCUCGCCUAUGCUUAGCCAGCAGUCCUCGCCCUCGAGCAGCCGCACCACAAGUCCCCAGCGGGACCGCUCCCUCAUUAACGUUCCAAUGCAGGCGCAGCAGCAUCAGCAGCAGCCGCAGCAACAGCCGAUGAGGAGCAUGUCGCAGCGACUGACGGGACAGAAGAAUGCGCGACGUCCUUCGGUGGAGACAACGCCGCCGCCAACCUCAAUUGGCGGCGAGCAGCAACACGAUAGUAUCAACGAAGGCGGCAGUAGCAAUUCCAGUGGAACCAGCCUGCACAGUCUAAUUCGCAACGGUUUCCCGCGCCCAGGACACCACCACCGCGUUAAGGCGAACGUUUUCAUACCACAGCAGCAGCAGCAGCAACAACAGCACUAUCAGAACCCCAACUACAACAUGAAUGUUAUGAUGCAGAGUAUGAAUAUAAACGACGAUGGCAGCGGCUCGAUGAUGGGUUCGAUGAAUUCCACCAAGAGUGCAGCAACCACAGGCAGUGAAUCGGGCAGCUCGAAUGGAUCCUGUGGUGACCUGUCGCCCUCGGAGACACCGACGCCCACGCAACUGUCACUGCCUCUUCACAGUUCAGUUGAUGGCGGCAUGGGCAUGAUCACCACGGUGGUGCCCACCGGCCUGGGAAGCUAUCAGCCGAAGCAGCACCACCUCAGCUACAAGCAGCAGCAGCAGUUGAACCUGCAGCAACGGCUAAACGGACGCAAUGGUAUGGACAAGAGCUACCAGCAAGUAUACACGACGGGCUCGCCAAGCAUCGUUAGCGAUGCGCAAACCAUGAGUAGCGGCAGCCUGCAGCAGCAACAGCAACAGCCGCAGACACUGCUCAUCAGCCAGUCGCCGGUGAGCACGCCCACGACAACGGUGCUCCUGCAGCCGCAACAGCCACCGCCCACAGCCUACAACGCGAGUUAUCCAUAUCACCAGCGAGGACCCCCGCCGCCACAACAGACGAUAUUCCAGGCGCACAGUGCGCCGCCGCCGCAAACGGUACGCGGUGGCUUCCGCUAUCCUAUGGGUCCCCCUCACAAUGGAGAGCUCAUCUACCCGGCCUUCCACACGAGCCUGGCCUUCCUGCCGAUGACGGCGGGCGGCACUCCGACGGCGGUUACGCCGCCGCAACUACAGAGCACGGCCGCCGUGGUCAGCACGAACGCGGUGUCCGUCCAAACGGUGCCCACGCCGCAACAGCAACCGGUUCCCAGCACGACGCCCUACAGCGCGCUAACCGUUUGUCCCAUUACGGGAGCGGGCGGUGGCGGAAACGGACAGAAGGUGAUCUCCUGCUACAACUGCGGAUCGCAGACGCACAGCGGGCGGGAGUGCCAGGAGGCGUCCAUGGAGGAUGUGACGCGCAAUGCCAGCUACAAACUGGACUACUCGGAGACGAGCAUGGAUGCGAACUCCGCGGGGGAUCACCACAAGGAUGUGGGCGUGAUGCCGAUCAAUUCGGCGACGACUGCGGGGACGGUGACCAGUACGGGGAAAUAAUACGGAGGGCCCAUGUAUUCACAUACAUAUAUGGAAAUAUAAUUACUGCUAUAUUAAUGAUUAUGCAUAAUCCUUACCUACUUAUACGAAUUACCAUUUAUUCUGAUUGUGUAGUGCGGAAAUCAAAUUUCUCGCCUUUGCCACGUCUCUUAGUUCGGUAAGCCUCUCAAUUCGCGUUAAUUCGAUUCGAGGAUCGGCAGGCGGUUGCCUAAGUCUUGACAACCCUUAUCCGUAAAUAAGAAUGAUUUAGAUGUAUCCUGCCCUGCCACUCCCCGUUCCCCACACGGCCACACACAUAGUCGAUAACGAAUUUUAGUCAUAUGCAACUCUAAAUAUUUAUAAUGUUAAGUUGAAUGUACAACAGCAAUAAGUAAUAAUUAUCCUAAUCCGCGUUCCGUAAACUCACUCACACGGGCAGAUGUUACAAAUGCCGCGAUCGAAUUAAGCUAAAGAACCAUUACGUAAGCCACUACGCGACUACGGAAGGCGUAUCCAAACCGUAAACGUAACGAAGGAGAUAAAGUAACCUAGGAAAACAAAACAAAAAAAAAAACUACAACAACAUAAAACAGAACACACGUAGCAUACGGAAUACCUAGCAAAUAUAUAAAAAAUUGAUUAUGUGUAUAAACAAACGAGCGUAGCAGCACAAUGUGCAUAGUUAACCGACUUCUUAUUCCAACCAAACCUUCUGAUUUUCAUCACCCUACUCUAGUUACUCCUUCAUCUAUUUAUUUGCGGCUCCUUUGUUUAAACAUGUAUUUUAGCAAUGUUUUUUUUGUACUUUAUAUAAAUACCUACAUACUUAUAUACAUAACAUAUAUAUAAAGAUAUAAAUAUUAUUUUAAAGCAACCAAUCGUAUAUGAUACACUCUUAUGUGGAUAGGGCGUACAUUAUUGCUAAGCACUCUAAUUAUUAUUUUAUGUACUCACAACUUGACCCCCAAUCGUGUGGGCAACUGUUUAUGUAUGAACUGGCCAAGUUAUAGAGAAUAACCGUUAAGGUCACGCCAAAACCCGCCCACGGUUGACCACAAAAUACAAUUGCCUGCCCUUAGUUUCUUAUGUAUAGACGUUGUUAAAAUUUUGUAAAGUCGGCAGACGAACUGCAAGGCAAUGAAAAGAGAAGAAGCAAAAGAUUUACAUGAAAUACACACUUUUCUGAGUUGGCUGCUAAUGCGUAGGCAUGACAAACAAUUAUUAUAUUUCAUUGAAAUAAUAAAAACAAAUUGUUUCUAAAUCUCGUGUACCAACACAAAGCUACAA